AUACCUCUUCGCCGACCUCACGGAAGUGCAGCUCCAAGCAGAUGUGGUCACGUACAGCGCAGCCAUCGGUGCGUGCGAGAGAGCUUCUCGCUGGCAGCAUGCUCUGGCAUUGCUGGAAGGCCUCGAAGUUAGCUCCGUGAAGCCCGAUGCCGUGCUCUACGGCGCCGCAGUCAGCACUUGCGCCAGAGGCGGUUCCUGGCAAAGCGCCUUGGGCCUCCUUCAGGAUCUGGAGGAAAAGCGAGUCUCGAAUGACGUGAUCAUCUACAACGCAGCCAUCAGUGCCUGCCAGAGAGGCUCUGCUUGGAUAGAAGCAGUCAGCUUGUUGGCUACGGCGGAGGAGCAUCAUGUCACUCCCGACAUCAUCUCGUACAACGCCACAAUCUGCGCUUUAGAGCAGCCCAAACUGUGGCAGAAAGCCCUGGCUGUUCUCCAAGGCAUGGAGGAUGCAGGCGAGCAGCCCGACGCGAUCUCCCUCAACUCUGCCAUCAGUGUCUGCGAGUCGGCUACGGCAUGGCAGCAGGCCCUUCUCCUGUGGCUGGAUGUUGGCGACAGAGGGCUGAGGCCCACUGU